AUGCCCUCUCGUCCGCUCAAACUCUCCGACAAGGCGGCCCUCCCGUUCAAAACCGCCAACAAGCAGCGUCGACAGGAUCUCCAUCUCAAACAAAAGCGGGCAAGAGAUGCGCUGAAACGAGCAGAGCGAUUCAGUCGCAAGAAACAAGAGGAGAAGAACCCCAAGUUAAAGGCAGAACGGCUACGGAAGAAUGUCCCUGCCACACUCGAUAAGAAGCGAGUCUACGAUGAAGUCGACAUGGAACCCGAAGAUGGGGGUUUGGGAAUGGUCUACGAUGUGGAGAGGCUGAAGAGGCGGAAAUUGGCCGAAGAGCAAGAUCUACUUGAAAACGAGGUGGACGAAGAACAAGGGGACGGUAGCGAAGAGGAGGACGAUGACAACGAUUCAAUGCUCGACUCCGACUCCGGUUCGCCAGACGAGGACGGGUCACAGUCUGACAUCGAAGCCUUGAGCGAUGAAGACGCCGACCCGCUGCCCUCCAAAGCACAAUUGAAAUCCGCCAGGUCACGCACGUUACACAACCAAGACCAAGAAGGAGGCCAACCACCACACAGAGCGACAUCACCCACCCGAUCCACCACCUCAACCAACCUGUCCCUCGCUCCAGCAGCUCUAGCUGCCAAAUUCCCGACUCUCUUCCCCUCACAAGACGAAAACGACGAAACAUCCACACCACCCGAACCCAAAAUCCUCAUCACCACCUCCAUCAACUCCACCCUGCACAAAGAAGCCGCCAUCCUGACCUCCCUAUUCCCCCACUCGAAAUACAUCCGGCGCUCGUCCCACCGGUACGGCUACAAGUUCAGCGUGCGUGAGAUUUCCCAGUUCGCAUCCAAACACGGAUACACGGCGGUGGUGGUUUUGGAAGAAGACCAAAAGACCCCCUCGGGCAUGACGAUCGUGCACCUCCCGAUCGGCCCAACCUUCCACUUCACCAUCUCGAACUGGUACACGAGCAAAUCCAUCCCGGGCCACGGACGCGCGACGAAACACAUCCCAGAACUGAUCCUCAACAACUUCACGACGCCGCUCGGCCUGCUGACGGCGCAUCUCUUCCGGUCGCUGUUCCCGGCCACGCCAGACCUACAGGGCCGCCAGGUGCUCACGCUGCACAACCAGCGCGACUACAUAUUCCUGCGACGCCACCGCUACGUGUUCCGCGAGAAGCGCGAGUCCGAGAAGGCCGUCGUCGGCGCCGACGGCAAGGAGAUCGAGGGCGCCGUCAAAGGCAUCCGCGCGGGUUUGCAGGAGUUGGGGCCCCGGUUGACGUUGAAGUUGAGACGCGUCGACAAGGGCAUCCAGCGCCGCAGUGGGCAGGAUUGGGAGUGGAAGAGUCGCAUGGAGAAGGUCCGGACCAAGUUCCAGCUGUAG